UCCUAUCUACUUCAGGCUACUUUCUUAACCAUUGUGCUUUCAUCGUGUGUCCCUGACCUGAGAGACAGUCAUUGUUUUUCUGCAGGAGCCGAUUUGCCUGGCUGUUCACCAGAGCUUCCCUAUCAGAGAACUGCUUUACCUGCUGCCCCUGUUAGUGCAUCAGAAAUAGUGCCGUAACACUGGAAACCAGAUCUGAUUGGACCUACUGGCCUUUCCCAUUAAACGCAAUGGUUCGGUGGCAGCGUGUAGUCAGAAUCCAGGUUUGAGGAGCUGUCUCAGUUUCAACUUGUGUUUUACAUGAUUGUACGGAUGUUUAAUUAUUAAGGACAGGAUAUGAUUGGGAAAAGCCGUCACUUAAUCUUAACAGGUAUGGAGGAGUUUUCUUUGUCGUCUAACCUCUCUUAAUAUUCUGUUUCCUUCAGCUUGCAGCUGGAACACAGGAUGUUGUCUUCAGCGAAAUGCCCACACAAUCCUAGCAAAUGAAAACAUCAUUGCUUUGAAAUGGAAAUAAGUUGUUCAUUAUUAUUAUGAACAAUUCAUUGAAAAGCUUGACAUUUCAAUUUAUACUAUAGUUCUGUUCUGCGUUUCUUUUCUUUGUGUGGUUCUUGCGCAUGGAUUUUGUUUUGAAAAUUGAAACAUCAUCCCUUCAUUGUGCCUCUUAAAUCUUACUAAGAAACAUCUGUUUGAAAAUCAGAUAUAUGCUGGGAGUAACUUUAAGAUAUGAUUGUGUAUAUAUUGUGGACAUGUUAGUCAGCCAUAAAGAUAACUGGAGCUACAUCAAACCUGCAGUGUUUUCCUCUGGUAAUUUCACUAUAACAGGCUGGAAGAAUUACAUAAUUAAUUAGUGCUUGCAAUUAUCACUUAAUGCAAAAAGAAUAGGUCCCUAUUUUCCAGAAGUACUGGAUAUGUAUACACGUUCUGUAUGCAAUAGUUUAAAUAUCUUCAUACGCUACAGUAAGAAUUCUGUGGCAGAAUGCAUACACUGUUUAUAUAGAGAGAGGUCCAGUACACCUGUAGUGUGCAUGCUACAUGAUGUUCUUCCAAAAUCUUUUUACAUACAGUAUAUUAGUUAUCACAUCAAAUAAGCCAGUACUUGGAAGUAUAGAUAAAUAUACAGAGUUAGAGAAAAGGGAAAAGUAGAUAUUUUAUUCUGUUUAUGCUCAGUGAGUAAAAUCCGUUCGUCUUGAUGGCUUAUCUCUCGCACUACUCUCCUCCCCGGGGUUGGACAGGGCUGGCCGUAGCCACCUUCAUCUUGGCCCUGGACGCUGGGUCUCAAUCCAAGUCACUAGACGCAGAGAUGCUGGUGAGCAGGAGGAAAGAUCUGAAGAACCGCUGGCUGGACUUCUUUGGUACGAAGAAAAGGUGCACCUGCUCGUUUUACGUGCUGGACGAAGGCUCCCGGCCCUAAACGCGGAUUCACUCCUUUAAGACGGUGAAAACGCACCGUAUGCUGCACUGCUCCAACACGGUGGAGCAGCUCUGCACCUCGACCUGCUUCUCUCAUGCCAUGAGGUUCCUGCGCAGCACGCCCUGCCUGGCCAGCGUCUUCUGCAGCCAGCUGGGCACCGUGCCACGGGCCACCCAAGUUGGACUUGUGAUCUGGAGUCCGCAGUGUUUUCCAGCCCGUCUUGUCUGGUGCACGAAGUACAAGCUAACGUGUGAGAAUGGAAGCUAUAUCGGCUCAUAGGGACUCUACCCUGGAACACUCCACAAAACUCUCCUAGUUUUCUAGCCUGUGCAGAUUGGUGUUUCUGGAUGUUAUUUUUCCUCAUUUCUUUGGUUUCAUGAAAUAUCCCACUCGAACAUCUGCUUUAAUCCAGACAGUAUGUUUUCAGAAAAUAUUAAUGCGGCUUUCAAUGCUUUUGUAUGAAUCUCCCUCUUUUUCACUUUUAAUGUUAUUCACGGAAUCUAAUAAGUGUUUUAACUAGUGAGUUUGGAACCGUUUAUAAAGAAAUGCAAUGCUAGAGAGGCUGUAUUUUGGUGAAGUUUCCUGUUUUUAUUCAGCAGUGAGUGUUAGAGGUAUCAGUUCUAACGAAAUAUGUUUUUCUUUAAUCUUCAAAUGUCAUUACUUGUGUUGGGUGCAUGGCGGAAGAGCUUGAAAGAUCACAUCUUAAUUUCUCAACUAAUGCCUUAAUGGCCAACACUGAUGCUGUCAUUUCUUUGUGACCAAGAACAUGUGGAAUAAAAUCAUUCCCGCCUGAUUUAUUAUACGUCUGUUACCUGGUUUGUCCACACUUCAGGUAAGUACUGUGUGGUAGGCCUGCCAAGUCAAGUCAGAAAGCAGCCAACAGAUUCCUUUCCAUACUUCUGAUGGUAAUUAAAUAAGAUGCACUCAAUCUGGGAAUGUGAACUCACUGGCAUGAAAGAGACUAGCAGGCUAAUAGGGCUGUGGGUUUCUAAGGGCCUGUAAAUCUUAGAAGGUCUUUGGUGACUGCGAGGUCCACAAAUCGCAAGUUAACUACUUGACACCUGGCUGUGGAAAAUACAUGUUAUACUGGAGAGUGUUGAAGAUGACACUUGCAAAAGACUAGCAACUGUCUUGCAACAGAUUCUCCUUAGAAUGGACUGCACAGAAGACAGACCAGUGCUGACUGACUGGCUUUACAUAAAUAACAAAGAUUAAGGCACAAUAUUGGCUCCCUAAAGAUAGGGUUGCAAAUAAUCUUCAUAGGGGCAGGUCACCUGACGUUAAUAAAUUUGUCAAGAGAAUGGCAGAAACACAGGAAAGCGCAAAGGUGUCUGUGUUCUGAACUCAUACAGUAAGAAGCAGCCUGUGUGUUGCAGCAUGAGCAAAAAUAAGCAUUUGCAAUUUAAAGUGCUAAAUCUUUUGACCUGUUUGUUUCAUUCAGCACAAUUGCAAAACCCUUGCUCUGUCUCAGACCAGUUGCAAAGAUCUAGAAGCACGAUUGAAUGUGCACUCAUUCUUAAGGAAAAUAGACUAUUUGUCUGCUGUGUUCAAACAAGAGCCGACCCAGAGCCUCUCUGAAUAUAGGCCACCACUGAGAAGGUGACCUUCAGACAGAAGGUGGUAUAGUGGAAAAAGAUGGGCAGCAUUUUUUCAUUGAUCUUUCAGUUCAAAACGGUAGCGCUUUACUGCUUUUCCUUCCUGUUUGCGGCGUGCUGUGGUUUUUUAAUCAGCAGGGGGAUAACUGCGUCUCACUGGGUUUUGCAGCCUGUUGCUUUCAGCAGUGCGUCGCGAACUGGAGAUGCAUGUAGGAGCCAGAUACCGUUGAAGAGCCUCACGCAUCCCUCCAGCUGCUAGGUUCUGCCAUGGAUUUGGAGGGUCUCCGGCAGGCCUGGGGGGGACGUCUGAGCAGGCUGCAGCAGAGGGACUGUCCUGAGCUAGCUUGUCUGCUGCUGCUUCUGCCUCUGCUGUUGUCCUGGAUUGGGAAAACAGCCUGGACCCUUCCUCUCCAAGAAAGGUUUUAUGCUGAACUGCACACAACUGCCGCUCUGACUGCUGUCCGUCUCCAUGCCCAGAAUGACCCAGUUGCUUCUGUAACCUGGAAGAAGAUCAGUAUGACUGGGAGCAAUCCAGUCAAUAUUCUAAUGCAUAACUCCCAGUCUGACCCAAUAAUUUUUGGGCAGUACAAAACAAGGAUACAGCACUAUCUUGAUAACAGUACUCUGGUGUUGAAGGAUGUGACAGAGGAGGAUGAGGGUCUCUAUGAGGUCACCUGGGAGCUACAGAAUUCAAACCUGAUUAGGAUUAAUACGAGUUUGUCCAUAAUUCCCCCUCUCUCAGAGCCCAGAAUCUCCAUUUCCUCGCCCAGCUCUCAGGCUGGGCUGACCCUGACCUGCCAGGUCACAGGCGGAUCUGGGGCUUCCUAUUGGUGGCUGAGGGAUGGCAGGCCCCUCCCCCAGGACGGCCGGCACUCUGUGAGUGACAGGAACACGUCUCUGCAGAUCGGCAACCUGACGGCAGCGGACUGUGUGUCCUACAGCUGUGUGGCAGCCAACAUCCUGAGGAGCAGAGAAGUUCACAUACAGCUCACUGGUGAGAACUUCACAUUCUGUUCCCAAACCUUAGGACUGGCCCUGCAGCCCAGAUUUAUCCUGUCAAUAGCAGCUGGAUCCUUCUGUUUGUUGGGUUUGUGCGUUAUUGUCUUCUGUGUGAGAAAAUUCCACCAGGAAAUGCUGCAUUGGUUCAGAGAUCUUUGGAACAAAGACUCAAUCAAACUAAGCAGAGGAGGGAGGAGGCUCAGAGAAAACCAGGGACUCGAGAUGAUGGAGGAACACGUUUAUAACGAAGUGAUUGACGAGCAGGGUGCAGCUGACCCCAAGCUCCAGGCGCAGUACGUCUAUCUGGGCUUCAUGCCCCUCAGCGAGCGUCAGUGCUCCAGGCCCCUUGGACAGGAGCUCGACGAUCUCGGCUAUUCAACGAUCGGUCCGGCUCCUGGAGCAGGGCCGUCUCUGGACAGCAACUCUGCCACAUGGCCUGCACAACGAAGGCUUCAGUGAAACUGGAGCAAAGCUCCACUGCUAGAGGAAGUAAGCGACUGGAAAGGGACCCCUGAAUGGCACAGAUCCACAGGCUUCUGUAUUAAUGUUCUUGUUUCCCUCAACAUACACGUGAUGAGGCUUACGCGUCUAUUUAUGUUGUCAUGUAUUGUCAGUGGUUUGCUGCAAAUGGCAGAGGGGCACCGUGACUUUCAAAGCUGCCAUAAUGCACAAGAGGCCACUGUUGUUACUGAUAUUUGCCACACUACAGUGCCCUUUGGAAACAUUGCUGUGAUCAACACUCUGCCCAGGAAAUCCAGAUCCUCUGACGGGAAAUUGGUGAUUUUAUUGCACUGUGCACCUGACACACACCCUGUGUACUGUAUGUCACAUACCAAUUGCAGUAUAAGGCAACGGGCAACGCAGGACCGAGCCUAAAAUGACAAUGCAGGGAGACACGCUGGUAUUCCACUCUUUGCUCUGAACACUAUGAAGUAAAUGGAAGCAAAUUCUGCAAAAACAUAUAACCCCAUGUACUGUAUGCUAGCUAACAUGUUUUACACGAGGCGUCUGGGGAGAUUAGCCCUUGUGUCUGGGCGUGUCCAGCUCUGGACCGAUGUCCUGUCCAGGCUGUACCCUGCCUUGUACCUGUUGCUUGCUCACCUGCGACCCUGUGUGGGAUAAAGAGGCUAGAAAAUAAAGGGGUGGAUGUUGUCCUGUUCAUGUGUAACUUGUUUGCUGGUGGUAAUAUUAUUACAGUUUACAUGAAAAGCAAAUGUUCAAUCUUGUUUGCUACUGUUAGUAUGAUACUGUUAGUUAUCUUUCCUUAUUUUCUUGUCUUGUUUUCGGGAUUUUUGAAACUCCUGUUUGAAACCAAACUAGAUUAAACAGCUAUGCAGGACUAGCUAGGGAAAUUGUAACAGCUUUGACCAUCUUACCGUACGAGAAACUCUAUCUGAAAACACGGCUUAUGUAUAAUACAGGUGAUUUCACAAUGCUCAGAAAUGGAUUAUGGAGCAUGGAUUGAAUGUUUUUUAUGGGAAUAAUUAAAAAAUGCUUUGUAGAUAUGUCUUCCUUAGUUAUUGCGUGAAACAGAUUAAUGUAAUAAUCACAAUGUAAGAUAUACAUAAACCUAAUACUUUUUAAA